UCUUAUACAUGUCAACUGGAGUACAUACAUGAUAGGUCUUCAAGGAAGCAUGUCAUUUAAAUUUGGGAAAUUCUCACUUAAAACAUGUACUGAGGCUCCCCGCUGAAGAUGUCGAAUGAUGAGCCAACACACCUCUCCCGCAAGAACAGCAAACAACAUUCUUUCCAUCAAGUGAAAGCCGACGCCGCCAGGGUCCUCGAAGAAUUCCUAGAAAACGACGGCGCCGGUUAUUUAGAAAGAAAUCCUGGAAGGAAAAACUCCUCAAGUGGAAUUCCCGAUAGAAAUAGUACAAAAUCUAAAAAUAGCAGACGCAAAAGGUAUUCGAAAGAAAUACUACAAAACCAGUCAGGUGCUAGUUCAGAAGAAAACAAAGAAAAUGGUAGUCUUUAUAUAAAAAAUCAUGAAAGUCUGAGAAAAUUUUCAAAUACACAAAAUCAUCCUAUAGCUAGUUUGGAGGAAGAUAGGAUUUAUCGUGAAAAGUAUGCAGAAAAACCUAGAAAAUAUUCCUUAGGUGAGAUUUCAUUUGAACAAAGUACAAAAGCCAAAAACAUUAAAAGACAUUCUUUAGGACAAAUACAAAAUUUCCCAAGGGCUAGCUCGAAGAAAAACCUGUUUGAAAAUGGGAUAUGUCGUGAAGGCGGUCGUUAUAUCAAGAAUACGGAAAAUCAAAGAAAAUUUUCCGUAAUUGAAAUUUCCGAUGAAAACUUGGUACAAUCAAGGAACAGAAACAGAAAUUCGGCAGCUCUAAUACAAAACCGCCCAAGGUCUUGCUCGGACGAAAUCUUGUUAGAAAAUGGCUUAGAUAAAUAUCAAGAAAGACCAAGAAAACAUUCCUUAGGUAGUAUUUACGACGAAAAAAGAACAACGCUUAAAAAAGUGAAGAGUAAAUCGAAAGGAAAAACAAAAUUUGAGUUGCCAGCAAACUCGGAAGGAAAUGAUAUCGAAGAAGUUGAAAAUCGUAAACGGAAAGGUAAAUGGAAAAGAAUAAACCAUCGUAUUAGAUGCAUUCUAGGUCGCGCUAAAAAGUCGGACACAGACACAAAACUCGACGAAACAAUUUCCGGCGAGAGCUCAACUAAGAAAUCCAAGCACAAAAAGAAAUCACCUACCAAGGACGACAACUCACCCAAGGAACGUAAGCCGAAAAACCCUGAUUACUCAGAUGGCAACAAAUGGGGGAAAAAAACCUCACCCUUUUUCAAAUUUUUUCUACCCGGCAAAUACAAAUCAUCUUACGCCGUAGCAGAAGAACCACCACCGCCUGCACAAGAUUUAGAUGACUCAGUGGAUGGCCAUUACGAAAAGAUCGCCACUAAACUUGAGGAGAUGGUGGCUGACAGCAGUGAAGGCGCCUCAGCUAACCGUGAGGCACUGACCGAUCUUGAACGAGAAAUUCUGGAAUGUCUGAGAAUUGGCGGAGAUCGAAACUCAAUGGUUAUUGAUGACAAAGCCCUAGCCUACAGAGACUUCAAAACACGCGAGGCCUACGACCGGUUCCGAUGCACCCUUGAAAACUCUCUGGGCAAAGAGGUCGACUGGAACUACUUGGCCUUCCUAUUCCACACGACAAAGUGUGUCGUCAAGACGGUAGGGAAGGGGACAAAACUCGCAUCGAAAGCUAUGGAUUUUACAGUCCAUUACGUGGCAGAUACAUGCUCUUCAUGGAUUGUUGAUCAAGGCGGAUUUGAAAACAUUUUGGAGGAAGUGGACUAUGAUCUCGACUAAAGAAAACCCGGUUUCCAACAUAUAAAGAGACAGCUAUUUAAAAUACAAGUAUUAUUAUCUGACUUUACCAAAAAAUAUUUAUUAACGUUUUGUUUUAUUAUGCUUCAUACUGAAGGCGAAAAUAAAAC